UCUAUUUUCUGAAGGCAGAACAGCAGCAGUUCAUGGCGGGACAACAACAGGCCAAAAAACCACUUUCAAAUCUUAAUUUUGUUCAUAAUGACGAAAUUUGGAAGGACCAUGUCCGACACGAAUUUCUUUCCCAGAGAUGUAAAUGGCCAGACAAAUGGGGAUAUUUAGUGGACGAAUAUAACUCUCUCACCGUUGAUCUACUUGGUCCAAAUUUGAAAACACGACCAUCAUACAUGAACAAAACAACCGCGGACCUAAAGUUACCACCUAUACUACACCAUCUGAAGCGAACCACAAGUAUUCCAGAGACAACUUCGCGGUUAAUUGGAUGGAAGGCGGGAAAUCAGAAAUGCAAGCUAGAAAUUUACGGAAAAUAUCCCAAAUCCCGUGGUCAGAACGGUAUACUAAAUUUACUGAAGUGGCCUCAGGAGAGUCAUCCAUAAGAAUGUAAAAUACAGAGCAAAAUGUUAUUUGUAUCUAAUGAAUAAAAUUUA